AUGGCUUUCUUCCUCAAACCACGGCCAUGCACAUGGCACCUUGCCCUGGACUACCACACUGCCAAACAGUUUGAAGUGGAUGUAACGCUGGAUCCAGCCACAGUGGGCCCAGAGGUGAUCCUCUCUGAGGACCUCAAAGAAGCCACCUGGGGCACACCUCGAUGCCAGUGGCCAGCGGGUCCAGGGCGGUUUGACACAGACCCGUGCAUGCUGGGCAGCGAGGGCUUCACCUCGGGCCGCCACUACUGGGAGGUGGAGGCCAAUGGGCGCUUCUGGGCCGUGGGGGUGGCCCGUGAGUCGGUGCAGAGGAAAGGCCGGGUCCUCUUCAAGCCCAACACGGAAAUCUGGGGCUUGCAGAAGUAUGAUGAGCUCUGCGUUGCCCUCACAGCUCCAUCCAACACCUCUGUCCCACUCCUCAAUGGGGAGAUUGGAGUCUACCUGGACUACGAGGUGGGACAGGUCUCUUUCUACGCCGUCAGCAGCCGCCAACGCAUCUUCACUUUUCCUGUGGCCUCCUUCCGUGGGGAGAGGGUCUUCCCCUAUUUCUGCGUGCUCCUCUCAACCAUUAAACUGUCCCCCAAGGGCUGAUGACCUGGAAGGAUCCUCUCAAAAGCUGAUUACAUCAUAGUGGUUGGAAAUCCUUGUUAAUGCGCCUCAGCUCUUAUUUUCCAAGUCUUGGAGGCAUUUCUAACUCAGUUCAUGGUCCUACCUCCAUCUUAAAUGUAUCUGUUUUGAGUUAUGUCCAGGGAGGUUUGGGUCUGAGCUCAGCAUGACUCAUCUCAAGUUGUUAAAUUCAUCCAAAGCUCAUUAACAGGACAUGGGCUUCCCCGAGCUUGUUUUGAGCUAAAAACUUUGCUUUUUAUCCCAAAUUCAGCUUCCUCUGAAGGUUCCUUUCACUGACCUCAGUGCCUAUGAUUGGCUGGGCUCCCAGCACAGAUUAAAAAUCUUAAAUGUUGCAGGCUUUGUAUUAAUAUCAGCCACUAUACGUCAUAUUAAAACUGAUUUUGUCAUCACAAGGAUGUGGUCACACCCACUGCCCCCACUCUUUUCCUCUGCUGUUCCCUAUGCUUGAGAUGUAUUUCCAAAUACUCAGCAUGUAAAUAUGCUCAGAAUAGAAUAAAUUUCUUUUUCUCUAA